AUGGUUGAGAACGUAGCUACAACGGGGAAGACUGAAUCUAAAAUAGUCAGUAAACCUCUAUUGAAGUUAAAGUUGUUGGAUGUCUUGAGGAAGGGUAGUUACGAAGAGUUAUUACAACUUGUAAAGGCUCAAUUUGUUCCUGUAGACGAUACUAAUGUCAUUCAAGUAACUAGGUUGAUCUUACAUUACGCAAUUCAAGUAGCGCCAUUCUUAUUGAUUAAGGAGAUUAUUACUAAGAAUGUUGAUCCCUCAUUGGAUGUUGUUCCGGCAGAGAAACUUUCAUUGCGUAUUGAUAUAAACGAACAAGAUAAUAAUGGAAACACGCCAUUACACUUGGCUGCGUAUCAAUCGAGAACUGAUGUCGUAUCUCUCUUGAUGGAUCAACCAUCUAUUAAUGACUGUAUUACAAAUGAUAUUAACCUACAACCCUUUGAGUUAUGCAGAAAUAUCAAUGUGGCACAAUUAAUGCAAUAUAAGAGAUCUCAAUAUAUAGCAGAUAUUGCGACAGAAUUCAGAACCGCAUUCAAUAAUAGAGAUUUCCAACACUUAGAAUCAAUUUUGAAUAACCAGAGAAAUUUCCAAUUAUUAGACAUAAACGGCAUGGAUCCUCAAACAGGUGAUACAGUCUUACAUGAAUUUGUGAAGAAAAGGGAUGUUAUGAUGUGUAGAUGGUUACUUGAACACGGAGCUGAUCCAUUUAAGAGGGAUUCUAAAGGUAGGUUGCCAAUUGAUUUAGUAAAAAACGCUGCAAGCAGUUCUGCAGUGACAACAUCGACAACAGAUACAACCUCAGAGGCAUUAACUGGUUCAGGAGCUGCUGGAGCUGCUGAUGUAUCUAAUGUAACAACACAGUUAGCCAUAGAUAUGGAAUUGAAAAAGAUGUUAGACAAGUCUGCAACUGAACAAUCCGUCAUUAAUAUUGAUAAUUCAAACCAUAAACCUGAGAAGCUGGUCAACAACAGAUUAACCGCAGCACCAACUUUCAAAGGUUACUUAAAAAAAUGGACUAACUUUGCACAAGGUUACAAGUUACGUUAUUUUAUUUUAAGUGGUGAUGGUAAAUUAUCGUAUUAUAUUGAUCAAGAUGAUACUCAAAAUGUGUGUCGUGGUUCUCUGUAUGUCUCUAAUUGUUAUAUACAUUUGGAUUCCUCAGAAAAAUUGAAGUUCGAAAUAAUAGGUGGUGGAACAAACGAAACUAUUAGAUGGCACUUGAAAGGUAAUCAUCCAAUUGAGACAAAUAGGUGGGUUUGGGCUAUCCAAGGUGCAAUUAGAUAUGCAAAGGAUAGAAAUAAGGGCUUAGUGCCACCUCCAGCUGUACCUAAAUUCAACCAAAGAGGUGAAGAAGCAAUGAAUCUACCAAUGAAACUUUCAGUUAAUGACCAUAUCAGUAUUUCAGCCGAUGAUAUGAAUGAUUUGGCAUCAAUCAAAACCGGAAAAACUGAUAUUUCUUCGAAUGCUGCCAAAUUUGACAAAGAGUCACAAGUUGCAUCUACGUUAACUUCACCUACAGGAGAAGACUUAAAUGAUUUGCCAUCAUCUGAAACGAAACUCAAUAAUAAGAACUUUGAGGAUGAGGUUGAAAUUGAUGAGGAUGAAGAAGAAGAAGACGAAGAUGAAAACAACAGGAUGUAUGAUAUCGCAACUAACAAUGGUGUUGAUGUCCAGUUAACCUACGGUCCGUACUCUCAAAAAUUGCAUUUCCUAAAGAGAUCUAUUGCUAUUGAACUAUCAUCUUUGGGGGAAUUAUUAGGCGAUCCAUCAUUAAGAGAAAAUCAUGACUCUACAGAGGAAGUUGGUGAAAUUAUUGAAACAGUUAACAAGUCGAUUUACACCAUGAACAAUAAUUUCGAUAAGUUGAAUGAUCUCACCGAAAAGAGAGACAAGAGACUGAUUAAUAUGUUAAGAAAACAAUACGAUGUUAAUAAUGUGUGGAUGCAAUCGAUGAAGGAAUUAGAGUUAGAGUUGAUUGAGAAAGAUACAAAGUUACAUGGGCUAGAGGAUGAAAGAAAACAACUACGUAAAGUCCUGGAACAAGCUACUACCAGUGGGGGGAUUCAAAUUGACAAGGGAAAUCUGGAUAAAGAUGAUAACGCCAGGAGUCCAAUCAAUAAAGAUGAUAACGCCAUGCAACAAUUAGUUGAAUUGAUCAACCACAGGGAUGAUGAUGUCACUGCGGAUGAUUCUGAUGUAGACGAAUUCUUCGAUGCUGAAGAGAUGGAGUCUGCUAACGAAGUGGAACCUGAGCUAGAGCGGACAGAUGAUGGUUCCGCAAAACAGCUUGAACAACCUGAGACUGAGAUAGAGAGUGGUACAGCCAUGGAAAUACACGACUAUACUAAGGCUCUCCCUGUAAUAACUACCGCCCAAACAGAAAAGAAAGACAGAAUAAAUGGUGACAGAUCAUUCAAUGGUUAUGAAAAUGGACCAAGAACACGCGUCAAACUAGACUCAGACAACCGACCAUCUGUUAGUUUAUGGGGGGUUCUAAAAUCUAUGGUAGGUAAGGAUCUAACGAAAAUUGCUUUACCUGUAUCUUUUAACGAGCCGUCAUCGAUGUUACAGAGAGUUUCUGAGGAUUAUGAAUACGGUUACUUAUUAACUCAUGCAUCAACUCUUGCAGACUCCACGUUAAGAAUGUUGUAUGUCGCUGUAUUCACUGCGGCACCAUACGCAUCCACGAUCAAUCGUGUGGCUAAGCCGUUUAAUCCAUUAUUGGGUGAAACGUUUGAGUUUACAGACAAAACUCAAGAAUUCCGUUUUGUCACUGAACAAGUAUCGCAUCAUCCACCCAUUUGUGCUACGAUGGGGGAAUCACCUCGUUGGGAUUUCUACGGUGAAUCUCAUGUCGAUUCAAAAUUUAAUGGACGUUCGUUCAACAUAAAACAUUUGGGGAAAUGGUUUGUUCAUAUGAGACCGGAUGAUAAAGAUUCUCCAGAUGAAGAAGUGUAUAGUUUUAUGAAACCAGACAACUCUGUCAUUGGUAUUCUUGUCGGUAAACCCGAAGUUGAUAAUGUUGGUUCGGCAAGAAUUGAUAACCACACUACCGGAGACUACUGUAUGUUGUAUUACAAAGCUCGUGGAUGGACCAUGGCUGGUGCCUAUGAAGUCCGUGGUGAAAUAUUUGAUAAGGAUGGCAAAAAGCGUUGGGUCCUUGGUGGUCAUUGGAACGAUUCUAUCUACGCAAAGAAAUGUGUAUCCUCUAAUGAAAGUGAUACAUCAUCUACUGAAUUCCCAUUAGAUACAACGGCUGUAGGAACUAAUGGAACCAAUGAACCGCGCUAUGAUGGCUCAAAGUUCCUUGUCUGGAAGGCCAACAAAAGACAAUCGGGAGUCCCAUUCAAUUUGACUCGAUACGCAAUUCAACUGAACGAUGACAAUGAGAGAUUACUACAAUGGACAGCACCUACUGAUUCCCGUCGCAGACCAGACCAACGUGCAAUGGAAGAAGGUCGUUAUGAUGAUGCUGCAGAUGAGAAGUACAGACUUGAAGAGAAACAAAGAGCUGUUAGGAAACAACGAGAACAAGAGGACACCGAGCUGCCACUAUGGACACCUAAAUGGUUUACCAGGGAUGUUCAUCCAACUACCGGAGACUCAUACUGGCAUUUCACUGGUGAAUACUGGAAGAAUAGAGAAACUCAUAGCUGGGAGGCCUGUGAUGAUAUCUAUUAG